AUCAUGCCCAGCUAUUUUUUGGAGUGGAUCUUGUUUCUUCAUGGAUGCUGAUGGCAAUGGCAGCCAGAAGGAGCCAAGCACGAGGUCAGUGGAUGAGGGUGCGGGGAAAAGCGAGAAAGACGGACCUGCGCUGACCACCGGCUUGAGUGGUGGCAGAGUUGAUGCACCUGAGUCGGCACGGGGCCAGGCUGCAGUCGAGAGCAAAGCUGAAGUGCCAGAGUCCGUGGAGGAUCAAGGCAAGAACAAUGCUGCAACAACCGAGUCAGUGAAGCGUGAAGCUGAUCUCAGCCAGAACAUGGCAGACUCUGCAGACAUGCCUGAACCGCUUGAGACCAAAGUCCCUGCUGAAAGGCUUUCCCCACCUUGCCUGCUGAAGGAAUUGGGCUUGAAGGUGACCGCCAAAGGUGUCCUCCUUCCAGAGAGCCGCAAGACGUUGCUGCGCCGCAGGCGGGAAACGCGCCAAGCCCUGAAGAAUGAGGCCGAUGGGGCUAUGGUGUCGACAGCUGUGAAGAGGAAGCCCUUUGCUUGUGUCUCUGGGGCUGUGCAACUGGACGAAGUUGAGUCUGACCUUUUCUAUGGAGCACAUCAAGGAAGCGUCUCCACAUGUGCCCAGGCAGUGGCCAAAGGAGCCUCUGUGAACGUCCGAACCAAAGCCGAUUUGGACGGGGUUGGAAUCGGUGCAACUGCGCUUCAUGUGGCUGCUGUGCGCGGACAUGAGGAUGUAGUAGCUGCACUGCUUCACGGGAAGGCUGAUGCUUUGGCAGUCACAGGUCGAGGAGAAACUCCAGUUCAGCUUGCCACGCGCAUGGGCCACGUGGAGGUAGUCAAGGUUUUGCGCGCUGCUGGAGCGGCUCCGCAGAAUGCUGAAGGGGUGAUGCAGCUCAUGGCACAAGCGCCCUCAGCAUGGCGUGAUGGGCAGCGGAAGAAGUUGCGGAAGGCCAUCGGCGGAGAAAGGCGCAUCUUAUCUCCUCCUCCACCGCCACCACCACCACCACCGGGCCCAGAAGACCGACCAGAAGAGCGGCGCAGCCCAUAUGAGUCAGCAACCAGUGUUGAUUGUUUUUUGCGAUCUGACCUUCGGAAUCUUUCGGAUGCGCUACUAUGCGCUCCUGGCCUUACUACUAGGAGCAAGAACGCUACUAGGGGCUCCUGGCAUGUUUGGUUCUACAGAUUGUUGGACACUGGUCACUCUGCUGCUUGGCCGAGUGCCAGUUCUUGAGACUUGAUACGGUCCAUGUGCAUCCUAAAUAUUUUAUUGUGUUCUUGUUUGUAAGGAGUAGCAUGGGUUUUGACGUAUUGAAGUCCGUUUGCUACAUUGAGCCUGGUAGCAUGUAUGAAUUGGAAUCGACCUUAAGUUAUAAGGAUAUUGACAACUCUCAUCUAUCCUCCCGCUCCCACAGGCCAUUUAGCCUAUGUCUUAACCAAAUUUGCAUGUCAAACGGUAUUGAGGUUCAGCUUUUCCUGAACAGGGAGUCGUUCUCAAACAGACAAUAGUCAGUUAGUGAGGGCAGGGGCCGCCCAAUAUGCUGACAGCAAGUGACGCCUAAAUAUUCGGAGUGGCGUCAGAACCAGUGGCCUUGCCCAUUUUGCCUGCCCUUUUAGGUUCCAAAUUGUGCGUAACAUUUGCUGUGGUGGAUUGACAAACCACAGACAAAUUAUGACAGAUUGAAGGAAUUAAUUCUUCGAUUUAUAGAAACCAUAUUUCAUUUGUUCACUUCAACACAGAUGCUAAUUUAAUCGCGGUAUUUGGCGGUAUGAUUUUGGCCCUCAAGAAGAGAGAUCUAUCGUGUCACAAUCAAGCUUGCUUGUUUGGAUAGAACUGGUCUCAACGUUGUACACUUCAGGUCGGCUGGAUUUGUGUACCUGCAGUGACGAUAGUUCGUCUUAAACAUGUCAUGACAGAGAUGCCGGAUGAUGCUUGUGGGCAAUCAAGGACUAUGGACUCAGAAUCGACAAAUGUGUACAUGGGCCGGACGACUUUGACCCUGUAGCUUGAGAACAUAUGCUUUUGCUCAUCACCACCCCAUAUCUUUGAUUCAGGUCUCUCCGGCCUUCAUGGCCCAGCGACAGAUUGAUCCAAGGUCGCAUCCGAAAGGCAAAGGCAAAGGUAAAGCCAAGGUGCAACCGUGAAACGGUGAUCGGUAUGAUCCAUGAAACCUUCGACACGUCUUCUUUUGUUUGAACACUCGCAUUUUAAUUAGAGAGCUGUCUCAGACCGAGUACUACAAGUUCUCCAUUGGUACUUGGACUUGAAACCUUGGGUCAUGACAGAACCCACUAGCUUGGAAAUGACACUGGCUUUCUGGAGUUUGAGGCUGGCUUGGCUGCAUCAAUGUGUGCCUUUGUGCAAAUCAGGACUUGCCACAUCAAAUCUAGAAAUGAGGUUCUGCUUUGCAGCCAGCUUUCUGGACGUGGACAACACUUUUGGCCAACCCUUGUACCAGAAGUUUGGUCUCUGCAAUGAGCACCCAAAGACUGAUGCACUCCGUCAGGGCACAUCAUUUGACACCGUACUCCAGAAUGACUAGUGCUGCAUGCUAGUAGAGCUGCUUGUAUGCAAUUGAUUCAAUGGGUGCGAUGAAGCCCGUCAAUUCAGGGAAAGAGACAACGAAAAGGAAAGGCCAGGAUUUCGCUUCUGGAACACAGGGACGGCGGACCCCCUAUAGCCAAGGCAAAGUGGCUGGAGAUUUGUUGAGGCAUGUUUCUUGUGCUGGACGCAGCGGACCCACAUUUUUGACAAGGUUAGUCUACAGGAAUGCAGCUGUCGUUUGAAACCUUGGCAAGCUCACGCUUGGUAGGAGAGCUCAUCCAAGAUAAGAUUUAGAUGUUGGGAGACAGCCAAUGGGCCAAAGCACACUGACCUCUUCAAAAUGAUCAAAACACAUCUCAAAAAAUAUAGUUUGUGAUUUGCGUGACAGGAAAAGGAUUGAUUGUUGGAGACGGAAGAGGUCAGUGAGGUGAAGCUGAUCGCUGAAAGUGGUCAAAGAGGCAACCACUCAGUUUUAGAUGUAAUUGUUCGGAUGGCUUAAAAAGAUUGCGCGAAGGUGACUCUCAAACCAUAGCCGUAACCUAGAAGUCGAUGUGCUAAAGUAGCGCUGAGUCCAACAAGACAACAAGAUCCAUGGGUGGGCGUGUGCAAGUCUGCUUGAGAUAGCCAACGGGAGCUCCAAAGAAAUCAAUCACAUCCUCUUUGCGUCAGCAUCAUGUUUGCAUGGAGCCAUUUGUGUAUGC